AGAACCAUGUUUGCAGAUUUGAGAAACUUCCAGGAGCUCCGCACCAACCUCACCAUGCUCUCCUACGACGGGUACACCCGCGCCGAUGGCGAGAGCUUCGAUGGAAGCCCUGGUACCUUCGACAUCAUCGACAGCUACAGCACUCCUGACAGCGACACCAUCACCAUCGACACCACCAACGGAUAAGUUGUUGGCCUCGCUCCCAGUUCCACCACCUCCGUGCGGAUCAGUCAGGCUCCCAGAGGAAGAGGAUGGCAUUUGAGAUAAGCUCGAGCUAAAGGUUGUUGAUGUAUCAAGUCGUAACUGUC